AUGAGGUUCUACUCCAGUCCAGCUAGUUCAACUACUCUUGUACAGACCCGUCUGGACAACCUGCAAGAGGGAGCAGCUGUUGAUAUUGUGAGCAUAUCUCAUACUCUAGGAGCAGCUGUGGAUAUUGUGGACAUAUCUGAUACUCUAGGAGCAGCUGUGGAUAUCGUGGACAUAUCUCAUACUAUAGGAACAGUUGUGGAUAGUAUGGACACAUCUCAGAUAGUAGCUGUCAUCUCCGUCUGCCUCACAUCUCCUUACCUGUACUUGAAUUCGGUGAAAGGACUAAGGAUUUUUCAUGGAGCUUUUACGUGGAAUAAGGAAAGAAGUAAAUGUCUCUGCAAAACUAAAAAACCUGAUGAUGUUAGGAGUAACAAUGGUGUGAUAUCUGGAGAUUUUAACUGCCAAACCUCAACAACCCCAGCAACAGAUGCAGGAAAAGACUCUGGAGUAGAACCAACUACUACACCCCCAGAUCCUGGUGCAGAUAAAAACGCACCUGUAUCCAUAUCUUCAAUUUCACCUACAACCACAUCCACAACCACAACAACUUCAACAACGUCCACAACAACAACAACAACAACAGAAAGUGCUGGUUGUAUUCCGAAGAAGUGUAUUCUUCCAGGGUUUUUAGCAGAUGAUUCAGCAACAACAUCUUCAGGCUUAAAUUAUAAGUCUGGGCUGAAGAAUGCUGAAGAAUGUGGUUGUUUUUGCCUUAGUAACCCUACAGUACCAUCCACCAGUAUAUCUUCAGUACCCACCACCUUCAUUUGGGUUUCCAGUUUAUGUUACUGCAGAACUUCAAGCGGCAAUACCCCUCGGCCAGAACCCAGACCAAAUUCAAACUUUAUAUCUGGUAUAUUUAACUGUACAUCGGGAGAAGUAGAAAGGGUAACAAAAAACAUAGAUUGUGGCUCUAAAAGCUAUUGCACAAGUAAAGAUGUACAAUAUGAUGGUGUUGUGGCUGCAGAAGUUGGCGGAGUGAAAAGUUCUACAGCAUGUGAAUGCUUUUGCACUGGAUACAGGGCUAUAUAUUAUUAAAAUUAUAACAAAAGUUAACAAAAUAUAAGAAAUUUUAAUCAUCUAAGAGUAAUAAUUUAGAAAACUUGAAUUUACAGAAAAUACUCCAAAAAUUGUAUAGUAGGAAGAAAAUAUCUGUUUUUGUCAUUUUAAUUGAUAUUAGAUGCAAUAAGUUUUUGCUGGGUUUUUUUAAUUUUUCUAGUUUGUUUGUAGGAUGAUAAAGUAACUUUAUCACCCCACGGGAAAAAUUAGGUAUGAAAUUCUAAAUUUUAAUAGCAGGGUAAUCUUAGGUGUAAUAAAUUCCCUUAAAAUUGAUAAAAACUUUGAAGCAAAGCAAUAUGCUGUUGGUGAAAUAUUUUAAUUAAAGUUGUUG